UCGUAAGUGGAGCAGGCUUUUCGCGGAACCGUGGCUGUUUUGCUGCGCACAUGGACGCAGCUACUGCACAGACAUUUUAAAGCAUGGCGAAGAAAACAGAGCGCUUCAGCAGCGCCGGGAGAGGCAAUGGGCUGCGGGCUCUUCUUGAAAUUAAAACCGGGGAGCUGAUUCAUUCGUGCGAGCCCUAUGCAUUCUGUAUAGCCAAGAAUUCCUUGAAAUCCACUUGCCAAAGUUGUCUGUCCAGGGGUGAUGGUCUUUUGAGGUGCUCUCAGUGCAAGUGUACCCGUUACUGCAGCACACAGUGCCAGAGACAGGCAUGGCCGGAGCACAAGAGGGAGUGCAAGUGUCUGAAACACCUCCAGCCGAGGGUGCCCACAGACUCGGUGCGGCUCGCGGCGCGAAUCAUCUUCAGGCUGCUCAGUGAUCCAGAGCCGCACCCAGAGGAGAGCUACCCGUUAGCCGAGCACCAGUCACAUCUGGAGGAUAUGAGUGCGGAGAAGAGAGGAGGCCUGACUCAGCUGUGCUCUAUGCUGCAACUCUACCUGCUGCAGGAAGUGUGUGAUGUGUCGGUGCUGCCGGGUGGUCUGGACCUCAUGGGCCUCCUGUCCCGGGUAACUUGCAACUGCUUUAGCAUCAGUGAUGGAGAGCUGCAGGAUAUUGGAGUGGGCCUCUACCCCAGCAUGUCUCUACUGAACCAUGACUGUCAGCCCAACUGUGUGAUGGUGUUUGUGGGGAAGAGACUCCAACUACGAGCUAUACGAAAUAUUCAGCCUCAUGAAGAGCUGACUAUCAGCUACACAGAUGUUCUUGCCCCCGGUCAGGAGAGACAGGCUCAUCUUCAGCAGCAGUAUCAUUUCCUGUGCCAGUGUCAGCGCUGUAACAGGGAGGACAGUGACUCUCACAUGCUGGCUGGGGACAAGACCGCAUGGAUGAUCAUCCGAGACGCCCUUCCUCACCUGGAGCAUCUACGAACUGAACACCAGUGGGAGGAGCUGCAGAAGGAGAGCCAGAUCCUGUUAGCCCGGCAUGCGCACGCUGUCCCAGAUACAAAUGUCUACCUACUCAGGCUGCUGGACAUGGCCAUGGAUGCCUGCAUUAGUCUCGACCAAUAUGAGGCUGCGCUGGAGUAUGGGAACAGGACCCUGGGACCUUACAGGCUGCACUACGCUGAGCCUCAUCCAUCCUGGGCUGUGGAGCUGUUCAGGGUGGGGAAACUGCAGCACUACCUGGGCAGGCUGGAGGAAGCUUCAAACAGCUUCACGCAGGCUUACGAUGUCAUGAAGGUGACUCAUGGGACCGAGCACCCCCUGUUUAAUGAAGUCAGCAGGAAGCUGACAGAGGUUCAGGCUGAACUGAGGAGGACCUAGUUUUGUACAGCUGACCCCUUCAUUUCUUUAUUGCCAUGUUUCACACGUCGACUAUUGUUAACACCCCACCACAAUUUUUGCAUUUGCUUUUUUCCUGUACAAUUCUAUUUCCAUAAUAAAGGUAUAAAUAUUCCUCUUA